AUCUCGAGCUCACUUCGUUCGCCGUCCCGGCCAUCCCUGCGGCCGCCGCACGCUCCUCCUCUCGCCUUCUUCCACCGCCGCCGCGGCGCAACCCCCAGGUUGUUGCGGCGCGGAGGUCCACCCCGUCUACCUGGAGUUGGAUCGGCUGCUCGAGUCGCCGUGAACACUUCCGCCGGUCGCUAGCUUCUUCGUCUUCCUCCGCCGCCUCCACCGCUCGCUAGUCUUCAUCCUAGUUGCUGGCGCAUCGGCAUUGUAUUCCCCUCCUCCUCGGCCCGUUCCUCCGCUUCGCCACCGCCUCGCCCCGACAUGACUGGGUCAUCUAAGAAGCAUGAGCUCAAAUCUAAGGAAAAAUUGGAAAAGAAGCUCAGCUUUUACACAAAAGUAAAAGAUGCUGUUACUUCCUUAAAUGCUAAGAAGACUAUCAGUAAGAAAAAGAACCAGAGUUGUCGUCAGAAAAAACUGAAAGCAUACGAUCUUUCAGCACUCUCCGAGUUCCUUCCAGAACCAACUGAACCAGAGCACAAAACAGAUGCAAAGCUGAACUGCAAGUCAAGGCAGACUUUAGUGCUACGGGAGUCUGCUCACCUGAAAGCUGUUCUGAACAACCCGCAGUUCCAGCUCGACCCGUUUGCCGCGAUCCACCAGCACCUGCUAGCAACACAGCUACCUGCGGCUGCGAAGAAGGAUGAUGCCGCCAAGCAUAGGAAGGACUCCAAGGACAAGAAAAGGAGGAAGAAGAAGAGCACUUCGUCUAGCUCCCAAACAAUGGAUAUCUGAUGCUGCAACUUUAACAUUGCAAUUGCAGUGAUACACUUGAUUUUUUUUCGUUGGCAAUUUUGUACGGAAGCGACCUCCCUAGUUUCGUUGGAACUUCGGAGGUUGAACUUGGGAAGUUUGGUAUGGAUGUAUGUCAAAAUUUGGCACCAGUAGAUCUAUAUCUGCUAAUCCUUUUCACU